AUGUUCAUGAAAGAUGCCUUUGAGAAAUAUUAUGACAAUGUUAAUAAAAAUAUUGAACGUAUGAAAAGGGAGAAGAAACUAAUAGUUUCCUGUCGCCCCAUGCAAACUACUUCACAAACACGACAACCAUUGAGUAACAUCACGUCACAAUUCAAUAAACAACCAACAUCCAAAAUAAACAAACCAGUCACAUCCACACGUAAACUACUAUCUCAGUUUGAAAUUAAACCAAAGAGAAAAAUUAGUAUUAAGAAAUAUGACUUUAAGUUGUUAGAGAACCGAGGUUUCAAUAAUAAGUACACGAGAAUUGAGAAUGAAUUUACAAAGAAUAAUAAAGAUCCUUUGGUGAAUGCAUUUGUAGCAAAACUUGAAACUUUUAUAAAUUGGUUUAAAUUAAAUAGAUUCCAGUAUAAAGUUCAGGAGAAGGAUGGUCAAGAUAGUAAGGCAAAUGUAAUUAAUGAAAAUAUUAUAGAGAAUACGAUUAGGAGUAACUAUAUUCGUCCAGAAUAUAGUAAAGUAUCAACACAAGCAACUCAUAAGAUACUUCAAGUUAAUGAGUUAAGUGAUUUCAUGUAUGUUGUUAAAGUUUGUAGUAGAAAUGGUGAAGAGAAAAUUGUCAUGUUAAUGAGUGUUGGUGAUAAUAAAGUGAAAGUCGAUGAUAGAAUUAAUCUUAAAGCUUUGUCUUAUAAGAUGGACUAUAAAGGCAAACCUCUUGAAGUGUAUAUACGUUGGCAGUUGGUAAUCUAA